AUGACGGACCAGGGGGCGCAAGUAAAUCGGAAAAGGACCUUUAGGACCUUCAAGUUCCGUGGCUAUGAGCUAGAAAAAUUGCUUGAAAUGCCUAUGGAAAAUUUCAUUUCACUGCUUAGGUCUAGGCAAAGAAGGCGAUUCUCAAGAGGCAUCAAAAAGCAAACCCUCACGCUACUGAAAAAGCUGCGUGCAGCCAAGAAGGAUCUCGCUUACGGAGAAAAACCGGAGCCCGUAAAGACCCACUUGAGGGACACCAUAAUAGUCCCGGAGAUGAUCGGAUCUAUAGUUGGGGUGUACAAUGGCAAACAGUACAUCAAUGUAGAAAUUAAGCCGGAAAUGGUGGGAUAUUACGUGGGAGAGUUCUCCAUCACGUACAAGCCCGUUAUGCACGGAAAGCCGGGUAUAGGAGCAACACACUCUUCUAGAUUCAUCCCACUUAAGUGA